GGGGUAGUCCAAAUGAAACUUUCUUUCCACAAUAACCAAGAAUGCAUUCAUACUUUAUACAUGAGUAAAUCUGAUUUUUCUUAAAAGAAAACAAACAAAACCAAACAUAUGCAUGCAAAGACAAAAGGCAUGACAAAUGUAAAUAAGUCUAUUUGUAAUGCAUGUUGCAAAGACAUGAGUAAGGGAUAGAAAGAAAAAGCAUAAACAUUUAUUUUAUAUCAUAUGGUAGUUUCAUGAUUGGGGGCUUAUUUCUACCAAGGAAUCAGAAUCAUGCCACUCAAAAUAUGGCAGUGUGGAUAACAAAUGCGCACCAUGAAAAGCUCUAGAUCUUGUUUGUCAAUGUCCUAAACAAAUGCAGUCUGUGACACUGAAAAUAAGGAGUAGCUAGAAAAAAAAACUGUGAAAAAAAACAGCAAAUAAAAAGACUCCACAUGGGAAGCAAAUACUGUAGACAAUUCUGUCUUCAUGUAAGGAAUGUGAAAGAAAUGUGGUUCUUCAGGGACAAGAGACAAGGAAAGAGGUGUCAUACAUCUGUGCAGUAAUGAACUUUUCUCUAGAAGUAAGUGUGUAUUUUAUCCUCUCCAGAUCUCACGCUUUUAUAAACACAGUUCAAGCCAUAAAAGCUACAAGAAGCCAAUUUACUUGUUAGUAUUAGUGACAGUCACUUAAUCAUCAAAACAGGCGGUGGUAAAAUUUACCAUCACAAACUUCAAGCUAAACCAACUGUCACCAAUAGACCUGGUUGAGUAUCAUCAUGGCCAGAUGCCACUUGCAGGUAUUCUCAGUUUUCAUGGUGCUUCUGAAGGCUGCAACACUUUCACAAGGCUGUCCUGCUGCCUGCACCUGUGAUGGCAACAAAGUGAACUGCUAUGGAAGAGAGCUGACAGAAAUUCCUCAGGACAUACCUUCAAAUGUUGUAUACCUUGACCUUCAACACAACCACAUUGAAAGCCUAGAUGCCAGCAGAUUCCAAAACCUGUCGAACCUUCAGGAGAUCAUUCUCCGCUACAACAGGCUUACAGCUCUCCCUGAUCAUGCCUUCAGCAAUCUGCCUAGCCUUAAGCACCUUCAACUGGGGUCCAAUUUACUAACGUCUUUGAAAAAAGAUGCCUUUGUGAACCUUCCCAAUCUGAACAUCUUGGAUGUAACUGAGAAUCAACUGAUAUCAAUUGAUGGUGCAUUUGACAACAUCCCCAGCCUGACACGACUUGUUCUGAGCAAGAACGCUUUGACAAAUCUGACAGACUCUGCCUUCGCCCCACUCUCUAAACUUAUCUAUUUAAUGCUAUCUGAAAAUAAGAUAUCUUACAUUAGCCCAACUGCUUUUGAUGGUUUAAAAGAGCUCUCCUACCUGACCCUGCGUGACAACCCACUGAGAAAUAUUGACAACAUUCUCAAGCAAAAUGUUCAUCUAUCAUAUCUGGACUUGACAAACUGCAGCCUACAGGCAGUUCCUGAUGGGUUACCUUGGGCAACCAGGUAUUUGCAGCUAGGCCAAAACAAUAUUACAAGGAUAGCCAAGAAUUCAUUCCAGAAGACUCGUUAUUUGGGAAUUAUAAUUCUUGAUGAGAAUUAUAUUUCUGACAUUGAACCUGGAUCCCUUCUACCCAUAGCUCAUCUGCAACAGCUCUGGCUGAAUGGAAACAAUUUGACCAUAUUUCCAUCCCCUCUUCCACCAAGUGUACAAAUUGUGUGUAUAGAUAAGAAUGCUAUUACAACUAUCAGCAACCAUGACUUUGCUAGCCUGUCCAAACUUCAACUGCUGUCUUUGAAAGGCAACAAAAUCAGCAGUUUGAGUCCAUACACCUUUUCAAGUCUGGGCUCUCUGCAGAAGUUGUACCUUAGCAGCAAUCUCCUUGCCGAGCUGAAGGAUGGAACCUUCUCUGGUCUGAGAAACCUGACUAUUCUAGAUGUUGGAAGAAAUCCUAUCAUGCACAUUGCCACUAGAUUUGCAGCUGGCCUCCAGAGCUUAGAGGAGCUGGAUUUGUCCUUUGUGGAAGACACAGAACCCAUUCUUCAAGGAAACUUCUUCCGAGACAUUCCAUUCAUGAAAAAGCUUGACCUACGGUUUAGCCCCUCCUUGGCUAAAAACAUAAUGGGAUCUAAGGAGACUGUCCAGUCUCUCUACAAUCUCCAAACCCUGAAUCUUAUGGACAACCAGCUAGAGACUUUGGAACUGGACCUACCACGCUACUUCCCACAUCUCCAGGUCAUCCAACUCUCACAGAAUCCUUGGCGAUGUGAUCUGAAGCUGAAGUGGCUUCAAGACUGGAUUCAGCGCCAAAGAAGUCUGUUUGCUGAUGCAGAGAAUAUUGUGUGCUUCUCACCAGAACAUCUUCAAGGCCUUGCAAUAGCUGACCUCCCAGCAGCUGCUUUUGAUUAUACAACAACUACCCCAAUGGUUACCAGCAUGAAAAUAACAGAAUACCUUGGUUCAGGAGACUCUGAAACUGACAGCAGUGGAGAUGUUCAUGGCAAGUCUUACAGUCUGCAUCAAUCAACUACACCUCAGAUGAAGCCAUCUCAGAUGGAUUUUACAGAAACUGAACCCAUAAUAACAUGGAUGAGUUCUACACAAACUCCUGACACCCAAGUCACAGAACAUUUUUCAGCAACACAAAAAAGUUCCACAACAGCAACAACAGAAAUUUCUCUACCAGCAAAUGAGACUCUAACUACAAAAGGUUUGCCCUCAUCUUCCCGCACUUCUGACAAAGUGAGCACAAUAGUAUCUACAGCCAUCAGAGAUCAAAAUGCAACAGUGACCAUGUUUAAAGUGACCAGUGUCGAAACACCUAGUAAGAAAUCAUCUACAUUUUCUGCUACCUUCUCUAAGAGUCAAAGUAUACCAGUACUCACAACAGCAGAACAAAGCAAGUUGUCAGUGAAGCCAGUAACUGGAGCAGAAACAACCAUUAACAACCCAUUAACCUCACCAACAUCAGUAGUAAUGACUUUCCUCCACAGCAAGGUGACAACUACCCCUGCAUCAAGGGAACUGCCAUGGAUAUCUAGUCAGAAUCCCCACACUAACUUUACAAAUGAGUCCAACACAGCAGGAAUGUCAUCAACUGAGACAUCACCCCACACAGUUGGAGCAUCCAGCACAAGAAAAAAUACUUUGGCAUCCACUAUCAGAACCACUACCAAAGUCUCUGCAAAAGCUACAACUAGCACAACAUUCAGUGACAGAACCGAUCAGGAUGCUGCCACAGGAGAAAGCAGUCACCAAAAAUCAACCAUUCAGCCUGAGGCACUGCCAUCAACUGUACAGUCUAGCUCCACUGCAUCAUCAGCUGCACACUUCAACCAGACGUCAUCUAACAUGUCUCAGACCAGUCAGCGUCAGUCCCAACGAUCUGAGGGUUUAGCUACAAUUUCCCUCCCAGCCAGUGGAGUUCCUGAGGUUAUAACAGAAUCCAGCUCAACAUCAACAGCUACCAUGUCCAACAUCAUCCCCAGCCUUACUUCAACCAUCCAGAUGGAUACUAACUCACCCCUUAGCAACAUCCCAAGCAUCCGGCCGAACAACAAUCGCAUGCCAUCUCUUUCAGAGGCUUCUUCUAACACCAGAAUGAUCAUCACUGCCACGUCUAUCACAAUUCUUUGUCUGAUCAUUACACUUCUGCUUGCUGCUUUUCUCAGGCGGCACAGAGGAAAAAUCAAGCGCCUGUACCAUCAUGCAAUGAGUUACACCAUUGAAACAAGCGACACAGCCUUUGUGCUUAGUGAUCAGGAUGAGCCAGAUAUGCUGAGUGAAAGAAGUUUCAUGGGACAAAGGUCACAGUCAGAUGUAGGGUCAACUGGAUCAAGACCAAGUGUGGAUACAAUCCAAGAAAGUGACACAGCUAUCAACGGUUUUGGUUGGAGCAAGUUAGAGUGAUGGUGUAUGAAGUAACAUGAAUUAGGAAAAAACAUCUUAUUUCAGCAAAAACAAAAUUUGUUCCUCUCCAGCUGAAAGCUCCACUAAGAAACAAAAGGAGCUGAUGAAUGAUAAAAUUUGCAAACCAUAACAACUGUUUUAUUAGAAGCAUAUCAUUUGUAACAAUCUCUUUUUAAACAAAACGCUACAAAAACUUUUUGAUGAUUUCUAUGAUCUUUCCUUCUAUCCACCCAGCAGUUUUACAAUAAUAAAAAGUGACAUUUAACUUUACUUAACACCCUUACAUUCAUCAUGUCUAUCAAGGACACACAAUCAGUCUUAAAGGACAACAUGAGUCAACAUUUUUUCUACUUGAUCGGUUAAGUUCAUUUUAAAAUAAUAAUUCCCAAAAUAAGAGCAUAUAAUUAUGUUAAAUUUUCAAGAUAUAAGCCUUCAAACAUCAUCCUUCUCACCUGCUACUAAGAAAGCAGAAGAGUUAUGUUGCAUGCUAGUAGUAUUUGUAACAGUGUGGUUUAGUUUCAGGAAAAUCUAUGCAUGUCUUGAGUCAAAAGAAGUAACAUCAUUCAGGUUGUUGUGUUCAAGAAGCAAUUUUUUUGCCCAGAGAAUGAAACAUCUGGGGUUUUUUUUAAUACAGCCCUACAGAUUUGAACUUUAUUUAGAAGCAUCAAUUGAAGUAUAAAAAAAUUAGGUCUAAAACCAAUUCACUUGACAAACUGGUAAAUAAAUCUUCUCCACAUCAAAAUUUAAUGGGCAACAGUCACGGUCACUGCAGUCUACAUUGUAGUAGUGAUUCUCUGUUACUAAGUGGGCACAUUCAAGUUAAUUUUUCCAUGUAUAUUAUUGAUAAUAAAAUAUAAACACAUUUCAAGAUUAACUCCUGUGAUUUUUUUAUUUGAUAAAUGGUUGGUUUCCAGGAGAGCAUUUUUAUUUUAUAGUUACAAGUGACUGCUGAUAAUGACUUUUUUACCAUUAAAUACUAUAACAUUAUAAAAAUUUCAUAUGUAUUUAUUGAUCUAAAAAGUUAUUUCUUCCUCAUUUACCUGCAUGCAAAAUUUACUAUUUACUUGCUUCCACCAGUUCUCAUUUAAGGUCCUCAUACAUUUGUCACCCUCUAUUCUUUUUUAGCUGUUGCAAAAUUUACUAUUUACAUGUUUGAACCUUAAGGUCCUCAUUUACAGAUUUGUAUUUAAAGAUCUCUGAACCAAGUUAAUCCACUGGCAUUUUUUGCCAUUAUCUUCAGGAUUUUCUAAAUGAGUACAAACUCCAUGUGAGUGACAAAAAGAAGAUUCAGCAACAGCACAUUGUGUCCUGGUCUGUAUUCUUUUACCAUGGAUUUCAUCUUCUCUUCAAAUUCAGCUAAUACAGAUGACACUAUUUUUAGAAAUCUACCCUUUCAUCACUUCCUGUUUAUCAAAAACAAAAUCCAGGUGUGAUUAAGAGAAAAACAUUAAUAUAAUAUUAUAUUCUUGUGCCUUUUCAUCACAAAAUACCACUGGAGUAUGUUUUUGUGAUACUUUAUGCUCUAUUUCCAGUGAUUUUCACUAAGCACUUGUGUUGUCCUUUAAAGGCCAAAAGGAGGUAGGAAUAAAAGGUUUUAUCCAAGGAAGUGGGUUAAGAAACACAGAAUGACAAGUACCCUAGCAGUCAUGCUUAACUGCUUCCAUAAGGCCCGACAAGUACCCUAACUUCCCUUCCCAAGUUCAAAUUCUUUGCUGCCAUGGGUUAGAAAGUUUGGCCUUCAGGCCUAAGUGCUUUUAUGCAAAUGUUUGUAUCACAUGUAAAAAAACUUAUGCCAUUUAGUUGAAUCAAUGAAUGGCCACUUUAAAAAUGAUUAUGUGCUCUCAUCACUAAAACUUUAUUUCCUUUUCUCAUUGGCAAAAGGAGCUCAAUGGUUGGGAUGCAUCAGGCACAGCAUGUAGAAGUCAGUGUGUGGAGCUGUGAACAGCCUAAACAAUAUAUUAACGCCUGAAAAUUCACAUAGGCACACAGUCAUGACUACUAACUUCCAAAAAAGCAGAAGCCUGUGCUACUUGCCAAACAACACACACACACAAAAUAAUUAUUAUGGGAGGGAUACUCUUAUAUAUCAUUAGCUGCACAUGUUGUAAAAGGUCUAAGCAUAAUAACACAGAAGAUCGUGUCUUAAGGUCAUUUUUUUCUAAAUGUGCAAUUUGAAAAAGUGUGAGCAAGCAUGGGUAUAUCAGAAAAGCAGUGAUGUGUGCAUGCAAGAGAUACAAAUGAGUGAUAGGAGGUUUGAGAGAAUAGCUAAACAUGAAGGCCUAUGUUGUAAAGGUGUUUCAACAAGUAUUCUGGGUAUGUGGUUGUGACAAAUACUGUAGUUGUGGGUAUAACAGGCACUCUGCGAUGAUGUGGUAUGACAUGUGUUAUCAGGGCCUGAAAAUAGGCACUCUAGUGUACCGUAAGGAAGGGGUGCCAUGAAAAGAUGCACUCUAAUA